UUUCAUAGACCAAUGCCUGAUAGCCGAGUUGCAAAUCGCGCAAGUCCGACUCACCGCGACCGGAUAACGAGCGAAUAUGUUCGCCCCAUGCGGGACCGUACGCGCGAACCACCAACGCCUGGUCGUUCGCGCGUACGGUCAGGCGAACGGUGGCGCGUUCGAACGUGGCCUCGCGAGACGAUUUCGCAGAAGCAUGGAUCGGCGCACGUGCGGAACGUCCGCACCGCUUGCCGAACUCGAACCAAAGAGGAAGAGCCUUCUCCUUUCCGCGCCCAAGUAGCCCCAAAGUCACUUGAUAAUUUGAAAGUAGCGACCCAUGGUAGUGUGUAUAAGCGCGACUGGACGAGGACGAAGAAGGAAACAGAUACACAGACGGGGUCAGACAGAAAGCGUUGUGUCUGUGUAUCUGUUUCCGUCUUCGUUCUCGUCCAGUCGUGCUUAUACACACUACCAUGGAUUCUAACCAACUAGUCCGCCAACGUGUUUUAAAGAAAGUAGCGACACUCUUUGAACUCUGCCGCCGCCGCGCGACCUCCUCGCCCCUUGCGCAUUCCCCCGCGGCAACCAGUUUUGCCCCCGUUUUUCUGCACGACGAUUGGUCUCCCUGCCGUUGCCCUUGGAAACGCGCGGAUCUUGAGUUUUGCUUGUGUCUUUCUUUUUCGUUCGCGCCAUUUUCCUCCUGAGCACGGCUGACUCUGCGCUUUAGCUCGGCGUAGCGAACGUUGUACACUGGAAUGACAUCGCCUGCCAACUUUCCCUGCCUUUGAACGAAGAAACCAUGGAUGGAUGGAUGGACGGAUGGAUGUUAUGAGCGCCCCCUUUGGAACGGGGCGGUGGGUUGCGCCACCAAACUCUUGCUGUUAUAUACUGUCUAAUGUCCUACCUAGAUUAAACAAUAAAAAAAGAAGAAAAAAAAAGAAACACUAAGAACUCCCACAACAAAAUUUUCUGAUCCCCUAUUGCGAACUGUGCUUUUGUAUGUCUCCGUUUUUUUUUCCCUACUUUUAUUCUACCAAUCGCCUCUUACUUUUCCCAUUUCCAACCAAUUCAGCCUCAAGCUCGCCAAUUCUAGCCCCAACCGUGCUUUCUGCCUGGCCACAGCGAGCAACUUCCUGCGCGGGAGACUCGUUAUUUCUACCUCCGUCUUGGAACCACUUCGGGCACGGCACCGCACCGAGCGUGGUCUUAACGCCGACUUUGUUUGCACAGCAUUGAAGCAUUCCAGCUGUCCAGCAAAUGCAGAUGGUGCAGUUUCAUGAAGGAUACCGCUACCACUGUAACUCCUGUGUCUGGAUGGAUAAACUGAUCUGAAGUGCUCACCGGGAUCCGUGCAAGCCAACGUGUUUCAUUUCAAUGCCCUUCAUGCUCUCAGAGCUUCUCACAAAAAGUUAUUCUAAAGCAACACCUGUACAUCCAGAAGUGAGAUGCCAUUUCAUUGCCAUUUAUGCGCUAGGAACUUCACGGUGAAGUCUAUGUUGAAGGAACACCUGUGCAUUCACACAGGAGAGAAGCCAUUACAGUGCCCUUCGUGUCCUCGAAGAUUCCCGCAAAAGAGAAAUCUUAAUCGACACCUGUGCGCCCACACAGGCGAGAAGCCAUUUCAAUGCCCUUCAUGCUCUCAGAGCUUCUCACAAAAGAGUACUCUGAACCGACACCUGCACACCCAUACAGGUGAGAAGCAAUUCCAUUGCCCUUCGUGCCCUCAAAGCUUCUCACUAAAGAGUCAUCUGACCCAGCACCUAUGCGCACACACAGGUGAAAAGCCAUUUCAAUGCCCAUCGUGCCCUCAGAGUUUCUCACAAAAGAGUACUCUGAACCAACACUUGCACACCCAUACAGGCGAGAAGCCAUUUCAUUGCCCUUCGUGCCCUCAGAGAUUUUCACAAAAGGGUACUCUGAACCAGCACCUGUGCACACACACAGGUGAAAAGCCAUUUCAAUGCCCAUCGUGCCCUCAGAGUUUCUCACGAAAGAGUACUCUGAACCAACACCUGCACACCCAUACAGGCGAGAAGCCAUUUCACUGCCCUUCGUGCCCUCAGAGAUUUUCACAAAAGGGUAAUCUGAACCGACACCUGUGCACUCACACAGGAGAGAAGCCAUUUCAGUGCCCUUUGUGCCCUCAAAGCUUCUCGCAAAAGAAUGCUGUGAACCAACACCUGCACACCCACACAGGCGAGAAGCCAUUUCAAUGCCCUUCAUGCCCUCAGAGCUUCUCACAAAAGAGUACUUUGAACCAACACCUGCGCACCCAUACAGGCGAGAAGCCAUUUCAUUGCCCUUCGUGCCCUCAGAGAUUUUCACAAAAGGGUAGUCUGAACCGACACCUGUGCACUCACACAGGAGAGAAGCCAUUUCAGUGCCCUUUGUGCCCUCAAAGCUUCUCGCAAAAGAAUACUGUGAACCAACACCUGCACACCCACACAGGCGAGAAGCCAUUUCAAUGCCCUUCAUGCCCUCAGAGCUUCUCACAAAAGAGUACUUUGAACCAACACCUGCGCACCCAUACAGGCGAGAAGCCAUUUCCUUGCCCUUCGUGCCCUCAGAGAUUUUCACAAAAGGGUAGUCUGAACCAGCAUGUGCGCACCCACACAGGCGAGAAGCCAUUUCAAUGCCCUUCGUGUCCUCGAAGCUUCUCACUAAAGAGUACUCUGAACCAGCACCUCUGCACCCACACAGGCGAGAAGCCAUUUCAAUGCCCUUCGUGCCCUCAAAGCUUCUCACAAAAGCGUAGUCUGAACCAGCACCUGUGCUCCCACACAGGCGAGAAGCCAUUUCAAUGCCCUUCAUGCCCUCGGAGCUUCUCACGGAAAAAUACUCUGAACCAACACCUGUGCACUCACAGGUGAGAGGCCAUAUCAGUGCCUCGCAUGCCCUCUGAGCUUCUCAAAGAAGAAUGCUCUGAACCAACACCUGCGCACCCACACAGGAGAGAAGCCAUUUCAGUGCCCUUAUGCCCUCAAAGCUUCUCACAUAAGUCGACAUGGAAGGUUCACCUGCACUUCCACUAAAGUGAGAGACUGUUUCAGAGCUGUUCAUGUCCUGAGAAGUUCUUGUGGAAGCCUGCAUUAAACCAACAGCCACUCAGGCGGGCGGCCAUUUCAGUGCCCUGCAUGCCCUCAGCAAUUCUCAAAAGUUCUUACUGAAGGACCAUGUGUGCAUCCACUCAGCGAGAGGCCAUGUCAAUGCUCUUUAUGUACUCGAGUGUACUCAUGGAAGUUUGCACUGAACUUCACUUCCACUAAUGUGAGAGGCUGUUUCAGGGUCCUUCAUGUCCUGAGAACUUGUCAUCGAAGUAUUCACUGUACCGACACCUGCUUGUCCAUACAGUCCGUAGUGAAGGAUUACCUGUGUAUCCACUCGGGGAAACGCCAUGUCAGGGCUCAUGUCCUCAGAGCUACUUGCAGAAGUUCGCACUGAACUGACACAUGCACAACCCACAUAAGCAAGAGGCUGUUUCAAUGCCAUUUCUACCCUCAAACCUUCGGACAAAAAGCCAUCUCAAUAGGCACCUUGUCACAAGUGCACCACACAUGCAGUGCAGCAGUGCUGAGUUGUGUGCACUCCUCAUUGUUCCUUCUUGCUUUUCAUGUCUUCCUUAGUUUUUCCAUGGAAGCUCUGCAUGCAUGUAGGCCUGUAGUUCUAUACUAGGAUGAAACAUUGUAAGUUUUCACUUUUCGUUAUUAUGAUGUUUAAGCUCUUUGUUGCAGACAAGCACUUCUUUCUGUAUUAAAGCGUUUAACUGCUCUUUACUAAAUCAGUUGUGAGAGUUCGUUUCAAUGCACUAAAUAAAAUUCGGGAUUGGGUUUUGUUAAUUAUUGAUAUUUCAAUACUUCCACUAAUAGCAUGUAAUUUUUAAAUUUAUUCGCAUUUAUUGUGCUGAACACUUCAAGAGAAUUUGAGUGGCUAUUUACUAUUGCUAUGUAAUGCAGUUAAAACAACCUUUUCUCGGGAAUUGAAAUUAUGCAAUUAUGUGCUUUUUUGAUUCCUACUAUGAUUCAACUGGUUUCAGUGAUACUAAAUGCACUGGUAUGAAAUUUUCUUGCUCAUAAAGAUCCUUGCAGACCUUUGAGAACCUUGAAAAUUGCUUCAUAAUAAAACAUUGUUCUCGUGGA